UCGAACCGACGGAGGCUGACCUCCACGGCGCCCCUCGCCGCGGCGGCGUGCGGUGGUUCUUGGCUCCUGUCCAUCUGUGAGCCGGUUGCAAACUUGCAAUUUGCAACGACGCAGCUGGUGGCCUGCGUUUUAUGUGAAGGUGAUGCAGCUCUCGAAUCUCGACGAUGAAAGGAGGGAGGGAGGAAGGAGCUGAGUUCAGCUACAGAUGAUAUGCAAACAACGAGGGAUGAAAAUCCACAUCAGGUCUUCGUCUCGUCUCAACUCGGUUCAUCUCAAAAACCAACUCGGAUUCGGCGGAAAUCGCCAGCCAAACAAAUACUCAAAUCCAAUCCCCUCAGAUCGAUCCUCACCUUGGCGAUGGCGAUGGCUUUGCCGGAGUGGAUCGUGUUGGAUCGAUGCGUCCACCCGUUCGAAGAGGGAGGGGGAGGAGUCGGAGUGGGAGGAGGUAGAAUGCACGGCGUGGAGGGCGUCCGGGUGCGGGGACGGCGACGGCGACGCGGCGGCGGAGGCGCUGGCGAGGGGGCUGACGCUGCUGGUGCGCCUCGCCGACCCUCCGGCCGUCUCCGCCCUGGCCAUCCGGCCGGCCGACGGCGUCUUCCUCAACGCCGCCUCCGUCGACGUCGCCGACGGCAACCUGGUCAUCCUCAGCGCCGCCUUCUACGGCUUCCCCCGGAGAUACUAUCUCAUCUACGAUGUCGCCGAGGCGUCUCUCGCCAUCACCCCGCAUCUGCCCAGGUUCUGCAAGCCGUCCUUCACGUUGAAACCUCUCCCCGUGCGUCGUCGUCGUCGUCCUAGGGUUGGAGAGGCCGUCGUCGUCGACGAUGGCGACGAUCAUCGCAACUACGUGCUAGUACUCGUGGCAAUCAACUUCAACAAGGAUGAUAUUAUCUGCCUUUGGCCUCCUGAUCCGUCGUGGUCUUCGUCGUCGUCGCUGCCAUGGCAGAGGAAGGAGACACGAUUCCCCGUCGAGAUGAAUCGGCCCUGGGAACAGUAUGGGUUCAGUGCCGAUUCCGUUUUCACCUUGAAUGGAAUAGCUUAUUGGGUAGAUCUAGCACUGGGGGUACUGUACUGCAAGACCAGUGACCUACUACUAUCCGAUCGUGAUGUCGUCGUUGAGUUCAGCUUCAUCGAUCUGCCUCCUGGUUAUCGUGCUGACCGUAACCUCUUCCGCCCGAAGAUGUUUCGGACACUUGGCUACGUUGGUGGCUCCAUCAAGUUCGUCUCCGUUGAUGGAUACCACAAGAGGGAGGAGACCUACUUCAACACAGAGGAUGAGGAGGAAGAGGAGGACGGCGACGACUGCAUCAUCGAACCGGUUGCAGCUGCAGAACGCAAGAUAACAAUGUGGAGUCUGAUACCUGGUGGCAACCUUGGAUGGAAAAAAGAUGCAGAAUUCAGCGUAGGUGAUCUGUGGAUGUGGGAGGAGUUUCAGAGUAUAGGAUUGCCGCGGCAGCAGCCUAUCAAUCCUAUACUGGAUCCUCAAGAAGAUGGUAUGCUCCUAUUACUGAUCGGUGACUACUACAACGACGAAAAUGAUGUCCUAAGAUGCAGGGACCAGCAUAUGAUCACGGUUGACAUGAAAAACCAAUCGAUCGUGUGCUCCACCCUCCUGCCGUGUUGGCUACAUUUAAUGGUUCCUGACCUUGUGUCGUCAGAUCUUCCGCAGUAUCUCAAGAGUUUGAGAUAGGUACGAUAUCUUCCUCACCUUGUGUUUAGUUCACUCUAAAAUUGGAAGUUUUGUUGAAAUUGAAACGAUGUGACGGAAAAGUUGGAAGUUUGUGUAUGUAGGAAAAUUUUGAUGUGAUGGAAAAGUUAGAAGUUUGAAGAAAAAGUUUGGAACUAAACUCGGCCCUAGUGUUGUAUUUUUGUUGAAAAUGUAAUGAAAUGUCUACCGUGUGUGGCUGUUGGUUGGGUA